AUGGAACACUUGUGUCCGCAAAUCGAACAGUUGGUGUCGUGCUUCACGUGCGGCUCACAGACGUUGCCGCCGUACCGGUUCUGCGUGCAAGCGCACAUUGGCUGCCCGCCGUGUACCAAGUACAUGUCGCUGUGCGCUUGUGGCUUACAUUUCCUCAAAAGUUCGAAUAUAACGUUUGACUGGUUGGUGUCCGCCAUGAAGUUACGGUGCAAGUAUCGGGCUAACGAAGUCAACAACGUCUCGGAACAAGUUGAUUGCUCGAACAGGUGGUACACGGUCCAGGAACUUCGCGACCACUACUUGACGAGUUGCGCGAGGAACUCGUUCACGUGCCCGCUGCAAGACUGCGGUCACGUGGCUCGUAUCGACACUAUAACCGAUCACUACGAAACUGCACACGGCCCGCUCGAGUCGCUCAGCUUCGACGACUACGAGCAGGGACCGAAAUGCAUCGUAUUCAAGUUGUCGGCUAAGAAACGGUCGCAAAUCUUAAAAAAGAUUUUCAACGGAUACUUUAUGUUCAGCGUUAAGCCGCAACGUCGCAAGCUCUGCCAGGACUUCAAUUCACACCUGUCUAUACAAAACAUCAAUCCUUCAGACUCGCUCCAAUACACAUACACCAAAUCGUUAGAGUCAAAUGAGAAAACAUUUAUGGUUUCUGUAACAUUGGUAGAGGUAUACAAUAUCCCGUCUAACGUGUAA